UGGAAUUGAAAAAAGAAGAGGGUAGCCCAAACAAAAAAAAAGGUCUCCCUUCCCGUUUCAAGAAAUGAACCAUAAUGAUGAAUUGUUUACGCACUGUCACCCAGCACACAAAUGCUCGUGGAAAUUAAAAAUUAAUCUCUCCUGAUUUUCAUAGAAAAAAAGAACAAUGAAUAUGAGCGGAUUCUAUGUAUCACAGUCAACAGAGUAUCACUUUUUUUUUUCUGAGUGACAAAAAAAAAAAAGACCAUGCACAAAAACUGUAUCCUCUCGGAAACUCUCGCAAUAACGAAAAGGAGGGAUGUGUUAUAAAAUGCAUUGAAAAGAACCACUGUGAUUUCAAACACGUAGAAUUCAUCAUUUUUGCCAAGUUGUUUAAACAUGUUUAUUCUAUUUUAAAUGACGUUAUUUUUUUUAAUUCCCGCUGUUACAGUCUUGUUUCUUUUCAGAUUUUUUAAUUUUUCUAAUCUGCAGGCAGACAGGGAAGAAAAAAUAUAUCUAUAUAUAAAAUAAGGGGAGGGGGGGGCGGAUAUCAAGACAGUACAGAACACACAUGCAGAAAUUAGAGUUCAUGACGUCCUUAAAACACGACCCAAAGGAAUUGACUAGGAUAAGAAUUCUCAUUCAUAUCUAUUGAAUGGGCAAUAAAAUGGUAAGAAUCUUUAAUCAAACUGUGAUUGAUCAAAAUUAAAAAAAAAAAAAAAGAAAACUGAGCAAACAUAAAACAAAAUUAUGACUCUAAUUU